AUGGCUGAGUGUGCUGUGCCUGAGUGUGCCAUGGCUGAGUGUGCUGUGCCUGAGAGUGCUGUGGCUGAGUGUGCCUCGGCUGAGUGUGCCGUGGCUGAGUGUGCUAGGGCUGAUUGUGUUCUGUCUGAGUGUGCUAUGGCUGAGUGUGCCCUGGCUGAGUGUGCCCUGGCUGAGUGUGCUGUGCCUGAGUGUGCUCUGGCUGAGUGUGCCAUGGCUGAGUGUGCCGUUGCUGAGUGUGCCCUGGCUGAGUGUGCCGUGGCUGAGUAUGCUCUGGCUGAGUGUGCUGUGCCUGAGUGUGCUGUGGCUGAGAGUGCCAUGGCUGAGUGUGCUGUGGCUGAGUGUGGUGUGACUGAGUGUGCUGUGCCUCAGUGUGCUAUGGCUGAGUGUGCCGUGGCUGAGUGUGCUAUGGCUGAGUGUGCUGUGGCUGAGUGUGUUCUGGCUGAGUGUGCUGUGCCUAAGUGUGCUGUGGCUGAGUGUGUUAUGGCUGAGUGUGCUGUGGCUGAGUGUGCCCUGGCUGAGUGUGCUGUGGCUGAGUGUUCCCUGGCUGAGUGUGAUGUGGCUGAGUGUGCUGCGCCUGAGUGUGCCAUGACUGAGUGUGCUGUGGCUGAGUGUGCCGUGGCUGAAUCUUCAGAACGUUUCUCAAAUGCAAAGAAGCUGAGAGAGAGAAAGAUCAGGAAUGAAGAGGGUGUCUGUGGGAAUCUCCACACAAAGCUGGAGCGCCACCUGGCGGCAGCGGCGUGA